UUUGUGGGGGGUCUGAGUGAGAAAGUUGAUGAACAGUCACUUGGAUCAAGGCUGACCCACUUUGGCACUGUGUCUGGCAUUGACUUGAAGGAGAAAACUGAUCCUGAAGGAAAUGUUGUGUCAAGAUUUUCCUAUGUUAACAUAGAUGCACCUUCAGAAAAGAUUGAUGAGUAUUGAGAAUCUUCGAAGCCUUCGGAAUAGCAAAGAUAAUAGUGAGGCUACAGUUGAUAAUGAUACAAGUGACAGUCAUGAUUUUGGGGAUAUCAGAAAAGAACACCAGCCUCAGGAGGAGAUUUUGGCUAAUCUGGAAGUCUCGGAUGGGUGCUCCACUACACUCAAACUCAAAACUGCUGAGGACAUAGCAUCAAGUAAUGAGGGCAUGCCUAGAUAUGACCCAACUUUGGCCAACCAGUCAUCAACACAGAAUGAAGAGAUAAAACAAACUGCACCCUCUGAAGCACAAACAGGAAAUAAGUAUGUAAAAGUGUCUAAAGUUCUCAACUUCAAGCAGAAUUCUUCAGGAUUCAGCUUUUUGGCUCGAUUUUCUCAACAAGUAAAGGACAAGAGAGAUGACACUGAAAAUGAAAAAUUGCCAGUUCAAGUAAUAGUACCCCCUAAACCUGUCAUACCUGCACAGCUUCAGGUCAAGAAGAAACCUUUCUUUAUUCACUCAGAUGAUCCACUGAUUGAAGAUGCUAUAGCAUGGAUGGCUCAGUCACUCACAUGUGAAGUAGAAAAGGAGUUUAUAAAAAUACAACCUCAGCUUAGGUCCCUUUACAAGAUCCGAUCCCAGAGAGCCAUGAAGGAAUCGAGAUUUUCAAGAGGUCGUGGCCGUGGUCAAGCAAGAGGUGGUAGAGGCAUAGGGAGAGGAGCUCCAUACUAGGAUCAUAGGUGGAGGGAAAAUAAGUGGAAAAAAUAAGUAAAAUAUGAAAUAACUAUAUUAUUGAAGAAAUAAUUCAGAUCACAUUGUUACUCAUUUACAGCUAAUGAAGUUUAUUACAGAUUUUAGUAUUUCUCAGAUUCGAAAUAAAAGAAUAAAAAUU